AUGGAGCACUCUUCGGCCGUGGGGACGGGGGACGGAACUACCUUACAGGUGGCACUGGGUCUAGGCUUGGGCGUGGGCUUGGGCUUGGGCUUGGGUCUCGGCGUACGUUAUCCAAACUCAACCAAUUCAGCCGUUCGGCGUCUUCUCUCAGCCGCUGGCUUCAGUGGGCUGUACCUAGGCUGUGGGCUGUGGGCUUGCCCUCCAGUGCACACCUCGCGCCGCACCACCACAAAGUCCGAGACGCUCGGUAAUCCAAAGAACCCCCCAUAUCCGCCGUGGGAGGGCACACAUAAGCCUGGGCCUAGGCCUGAAGGGCGCCGGUACAUCCCUAGUACAGCCUGCCACAGCGCAUCUUAUUACGCCCUCCGGCCUGCGAGGUGCGCUACUCGCUGCUCGGGUGGAGUUUGCGUGCGCUGCGUCCGGGGUGGUGACGCCCAUCUCCCGGUCUAUCGGAUCCCAGAGCCCUACCAACACGCACCCCAGCACAGGCUUACCAGGAUGGCUUUUGAUGGAUUGGCUGGUGAGUUUUGCCCAGCGGAACUCCGCAGCAUCAGCAGCACCCACGGCAGCAAAGUCCCCAUCUUCGUUCUGCCUGAUGGUGGUGUACCAACUCUCCUCGGUUCGGGCGUCUUGGUUUGGGUGGAUAGAGCCUCUCAGCGCGCCCCCAAAACUCUCCGCGGCGCAAAAGCUUCAGCCCCCGGAUGUCAACCGACUCAAUCGCCGAUGGCGCCGGGAGGAGGGCCCACGAUGGACCAUGGACUUACACCUCCCGCGCAUUGGCUCCGGGGUUUACGUACGGAGGCGGCACGCGGCGCAUCUUUGUCAUUCAGUGAGCGACGCUGCUGUCUCUCGGGCGAUGCCCUUACAAAUGGGCAUGCGACAUGA